AUGGAUCUCGUGGAGCGCAAGGUUGAAGGCCUUCUUUGCGGAGCUCUGCUCGCUCCGCUGGGCUGGACAGCCCGUGUACAUCAUGACGUUCUUGAGGAUUCCUCACUAAACGUGGCGCAUUUUGAGCGACUUGAUAUUUCUAGGGAUUUCUUUUGCGUGGCAGAGUACUUUGCUCCACUGGGCGCAGUGAGUGAAGAGCUUUUUCUUGAACAACAGCUUCAGCAGCGGUUGUUCGCAUUUUUCGCACACGAUGCAAAACCGGUAAGACGGCCCGCAUUUGUUGUGUGUAAAUUGGAGAAGCCUGACGGGAAUACAUCGCACACAUCACUGGCGGCACUGCUUGACCAGUACACACUGUUGACGUGUGUGGCCUUGUGGGUGGCGGAUAUGGAGUUUGGUGAUAUGGAGAAGAUAAUCCGUAAUAUUUCAAAUGAUUUGAGGGAACGCUACAUGCAUCGCUUGGAUGGAUCGGUGCCUGAUGCUUCCGCGCAUAAUUGUGGUGUUGGUGUGGUCUACACAAUGCGGGGUCGUUCUGUUGUUCACAUUACUCGACAGGCAAUGGGCGCUGUCAAGUGGAAUCCGACUUUGUGCGAACGCGUGGACGGGAUGCUUAGGAAUUUGAAGGAGGAGUUGGGCCUGGUGUCAGAGAAUCUGUCUCUUGCCGUGCGAGGCGUCAACUCUGUUGUCUUGGUGGUGCUUCUACCAAUGAGUCCUGGUGUUUCCUUAAUGAAGCAUCACGCGAUAGAACGAGUUUGGGCGCAACAUGUAAAACGAAGUGGAUGGCACAGUGAAUUGUUGCAGCGAGUGAACCCCUCCAUUUUGGAACUGGCGGCGUUUUCAUCAUUCUGUGGCGUGUCCCCGCGCAGCACAUUUUAUUUCCUCUCCAAGGAAAAAGGGGAUGUGGAGGGGGUAGUGGCAUGGAUAGCGGAGCCGCGGGUGGGAAGUGAUAGCUGUGUGGUGCUCCUAGCACCAGCAUCUAACGAGAGAUUGGAUUUCAACAACACAAACCAAAACACUCAUCCUUGUCAAGCGCAGUGUGAAUGGUUACAGCGCACAUUUCGUUUAUGCAUAGCUAGUGCUGCUUCAUGGACCCCGUUGGGCGUAGGAAAAGAGCCUGGUUUUUUGUUUCGCGAUGGGAGUCUUGUCGUACGUAUUCCUUCCAUGUCCAUGACGUAUAAAAACGUGACGUCUGUGGCCACAGCUGCAAUUAGCGCCGUUUCACUGGGUUCCAUCACCGUGACGGCUGAGGAUGUCAGUCUAACUUUCCGGCGACAGGUGACUUUUACCCUUCUCAAUGAGCUCCGCUGCUCUGAAGACUACAUUGAUUAUGUUAUAACAGAGUAUUUGUACGAUGCACCACUUGAGAAAAGGACGGCUAUCUUUCGUAAAGGAAGGAGACAACAAAAGAUGCCGCCAGCGAUAAAGCGGAAUUUUGGAAAGGGUGAAGAGCAUUCGGUGUGGAUACGGCUUAAGGAGGACGGAGCCGUGUAUUGCGUGGCGCGCGAGUGUGGGGUUGGUCGAUUACUGCUAACACAGGCUUGUGUGUUUGGCCAUGCUCUUGAUGACGCGGCAGCGGAGCGGUGGGAGAAGUGGAUCUCUGGCAUUGAUGUUAUGGCUGUCGUGCAGUGA